AUGGCAACCAAUAACAAUCGUGUUCUUUCGAUUGAUGUUGAAUGUGUAGCAACAAGUUAUACACAUGAAGAUCGAUCUCCGUGUAGUGUAGCUAUCGUCGAUGAUCAAUGUAAAAUUAUAUUUAGUUCAUUAAUUAAACCGAAAGAAAAAGUUGUUAGUGAUCUUUACCCACUAACAGGCUUACGCAUUAAAGACCUCGAACAAGCGCCAUCACUUGAAGAAGUUCUAAAUCAAAUCUAUCCUUUUUUUGACUCAACAACAAUCAUUGUUGGUCAAAGCCCGAAAAAUGAUCUCAAAUGGUUAAAACUGGAGAAAGGUGCACAUUAUUCACUUGUUAUUGAUCUUAGUGAUUGGUUUAAAGCGUACAAUGCCCGUUAUAGAUCAAUAAGUCAUCAUUCGUUAGCACAUGAAGCUUGGACUUUAUUAAAUAUUGAUCUCAAUGCUACAAAUGGCCAUUUAGCCACACAAGAUGCCAAAGCAGCAAUGCAGCUCUAUAUUAAAUACAAAGAUGAUGAAUCCGGUAAACAAAAUGCAUGCAGUCGUUUACUGGAUACUCAAGCUCGUAUAACACCAGCGAAAGCACAUAAUUACAAUUAUGAAGGCGUUUGUCUAGCUGGAUACUACAAAAAAAUGUGUAGGUGUAAUCGACCUUCAUUGGCCAAUGAUUAA